UGUUUACUUCCUGGCAGGCACAUUUAACAAGAAGGGUUUCAAAAAAGCUUUAGAUUAAAAUAAAUUGAUAAUAAAAUACUAGUGAGAGUGCAUUCCCAACAUGUCAAAAAUACAAUUGCUCAAUGUGUUUCUGCGUGAGCGAUUGAUCGCGGCUGCUGUAGAGAUAUUUGGAGUAGUUGAAAAUACGAUAGUAGAGUAUCAAGAAGAAGUCUCCCGUUCGAAGGAGGAGAACAAACGGUUACAGAACAUGUUGGAUUUGGUCAUGAAACCACAAAUAAAGUUACAUAGAGCAGAACCGAGGCAUCAUGUCUCAGAAGAGGAAAUGAAGGGCCUCAGUCUGCGGGAAGAAAGUUCAGAGCCCGCACAAAGUACAGUAGAACAGGACUUCAGGACGAGACUGGAGGAAGAGCAACUGCAAGGGCCUGAGUCUCCUAGUCAUAACAUAGAGUUUGUAUUCACUCCUCCUUGUGUGAAAAGUGGGUUUGACCCGGACCCUUGGCCCUCGCACCUUUUUAAAACCCAGAUUGUGGAGGACAAUGAGAGUAAUAAUCUGUCGAGUACCCUAGUGGAACACAUGAAAACAGAACCUGAUGGAGAGGGCUACGGAGUACCAACGAGUGACCCACAGUUCCUGUUUGCAGUAAAGGCACACUGUUCUGCAACUCCGAGUGAAAACAUGAGCCCUCUGCAGCGGAAAACAAAGAGAGGACGACCAUUUAGGCAUAUAGGAACACUGUCUGAAUUUAUGAAGAGACGCGCUUCAUACGAGCGAUUUCGAUGCCAUGUCUGUGGAAAGGGGUUCCCAGCCAGGAAGGGUCUGGGAGACCACAUGACGACUCAUACAGGGGAGAGACCACACAGCUGUCACCUUUGUGGGAAAGGUUUCAAAGUGAAGAGUCAUCUGAACGAGCAUAUCAGAGUUCACACAGGAGAGAAACCGUUUGUCUGCUCAGUCUGCGGGAAAGCGUUCAGGCAGGACGCUCAUAUGAAAGGGCAUUUGAGGAGGACUCACAAGGAGAACCCAUACCGAUGCCAUGACUGUGGCGAAAGCUUCAGUCAGAUGGGAGAGCUGCAAGUGCAUAGGACAGUGGCCUGUGGUCCGAUUGUCCUGGGCCUUUGACGUUACUGUCCUUUCCCCGAUGCCUUUGGUGACACAGAUGUUUUAGUCUGGCAGUCAUGAUAAGGACAAUUGAAAUGUGUCAUUGAAGGAAAAAAGGAAGCAUAAUCUGUCCACAGAGUAAGAAAAGUUUGAGGGCGAAGCCCCUAUCUUUAGCUAAAAUUCAUAAAUGGGAGGGCAUUUCUAGAAAGCAUGUAGCCUAUGUGGUUGGUUGUCUGUACAGUGCUGUGGAAAAGUAUUUGCCCCAUUUUCAAUUUUCUCUACUUCUACAUAUUUUGGAUACUGAAUGUUAUCAGAUCUUCAACCAAAAGCUGAUAUUAGAUGACAGGAACCUGAGUGAACAAUUUUUAUAAAUAUAUAUAUGUAUAUAUACAUACACACAAAGUAUGUGGACACCCUUUCAAAUGAGUGGAUUCGGCUAUUUCAGCCACAUGUUGCUGACAGGUGUAUAAAAAUCCCAUACUGAAGAGCACAGUGACUUUCAACGUGGCACCGUCAUAGCUGCCCUGUAAGUGCUGUUCUUGUGAAGUGAGAACGGAGCAACAAUGGCUCAGCCGCAAAGUGGUAGGCCACGCAACUUCACAGAACGGGGCCGCCGAGUGCUGAAGUGUGUAAAAAAAAAAAAAAAUCUGGCCUUGGUUGCAACACUCACUACUGAGUUCCAAACUGCUUCUGGAAAAAAACGUCAGCAUAAGAACCGUUCGUCGAGCCUAAGAUCACCAUGCGCAAUGCCAAUCGUCGUCUGGAGUGGUGUAAAGCUCGCCGCCAUUGGACUCUGGAGCAGUGGAAAUGCAUUCUUUGGAGUGAUAAAUCACACUUCACUAUCUGGCAGUCCAAUGGACAAAUCUUGGCUCGCAGAUGCCAGGAGAACGCUACCUUCCCCAAUGCAUAGUACCAGCUGUGAAGUUUGGUGUAGGAGGAAUAGUGGUCUGGAGCUGUUUUUCAUGGUUCGGACUAGGCCUCUUAGUUCCAGUGAAGGGAAAUCUCAACGCUACAACAUCCAGUAACAUUCUAUAUGAUUCUGUGCCUCCAACUUUGCGGCAACAGUUUGGGGAAGGCCGUUUCCUGUUUCAGCAUGACAAUGCCCCCGUGCGCAAAGCGAGGAAAUGGUUUGUCGACAUGGUGUGGAAGAACUUGACUGGCCUGCACAGAGCCCUAAGCUCAACCCCAUCGAACACCUUUGGGAUGAAUUGGAACACCGACUGCGAGCCAGGCCUAAUCGCCAAACAUCAGUGCCCGACCUCACAAAUGCUCUUGUGGCUAAAUGGAAGCAAGUCCCUGCAGCAAUGUUCCAACAUCUAGUGGAAAGCCUUCUCAGAAGAGUGGAGGCUGUUGUAGCAGCAAAUGUCCAUGAUUUUGGAAUGAGAUGUUCGACGUGCAGGUGUCCACAUAACUUUAUGAAAUACACUACAUGGCACAAAUGUAUGUAACACCCAAUGCUCCUGUGUGAGAAAGUAAUUGACCCUUACACUCAAUAACUCACCUUUAACUACAAUGACUCCAACCAAAUGCUUCCUGUUCGUUGAUAAGUCUCUUUCGUCGCUGUGGAGGAGUUUUGGCCCAUUCUUCCAUGCAGAACUGCUUUAACUCGGUGACAUUUGUGGAUUUUCAAGCAUUGAACUGCUUGUUCAAGUCCUGCCACAACCUCUCAAUUGGGAUUAGGCCUGGAUUUAACUUCAAAUGUGUUGCUUUUUAGCCAUUUUCAUGCAGACUUGAUUGUGUGUUUUAGAUCAUUGUCUUGCUGCAUGACGCAGCUGCGUUUCAGCUUCAGCUCACAGCCGGAUGGCCUGACAUUCUCCUGUCGAAUUCUCUGAAACAGAGCUGAAUUUAAUCCAAAGGACACAAGUCUAAAACAACCAGUUAUUGUGUGUAAGGGGGCAAUUACUUUUUCACACAGGGGAAUUGGGUGUUGCAUAACUUUAUUAAUAACACAACAAAUAUAUACUUAUUUGUAAAUUCAGGUUCCCUUUAUCUAAUAUUAGGUUUUGGUUGAAGAUCUGAUAACAUUCAGUUCCCCCAAAAAUGAGAGAGAAUCAGAAAGGGGUCAAAUACUUUCUCACGGCUCUGUAGGUGGUUCUCCAUCCAAUCUUUUUAAGUGAGUGAAGUCCGUUGGGGAAAAUAUGUCACGACAGCCCUGAUGGAAGCAGCUAAUUUGUCGGUACAGUUAACUUUCCAAAUGUCGACACAUGCUAUACGGAGUGGGAUCUUUUUGUGUCGGUAAAGUAAAUUAUGCAACAAAUGGCGCUGGAAACGCCUUUAUGCUCAAAUAUAUCGAAGUGAAAGUCACAAGAUGAUAUGUUGUGUGGUCCUCCCACUGCGACUUAUAAAGCAUGUCGUUUAUUAGGCUACAGAUUCAAUAAAUGAUGAACUUCACAGGCUGGUGAAAGUGCACGGCGAUGAGCUUGAUCUGUUCCAAUAAAUAUAGACCGUCUUAAACUCUUAUUCUGUACACACAUGAUGAUCGAUGCUUGGCUGUUUGACAAAUCGAGGUAAUCUCGCUCUUUUGUCCAUACUAAUCUCACCAUGUAGGAAAGCCUACCUGCACUGUAUCUGCAAGCUGUUGGCUAGAGUACACGUGCCGAGACCAGAGUGGGCACAUAAGCUAUAUAACGCAAUUUUAUUUUUGACAAAACCAUCACGAGAGUUGAAAAUGCAAUGGAAACCCAUUCAACUUGUAUUUUUAAUUCAGUUCAUGGGAAUUUAACCACACUAUUUGUCUAUUUUAUGUCCACUACGUUAUCCGCAACAAGUCAAUUUAUGUAAACAUCUCUGGUGGGAAGGUUUUUGAAUAUCCACAUGAAAAUCCGUCGACAAUUGGAUGGAAACCUCGCUAGUGAGUUCCAUGAGGAAAAAGGAAAACGUCCAAGGAACUAGUUCUCUGGUACCUUGUAUUGUAUCUAUCAUUUAUGGAUCCUUGGACCACUUCAAGGUAGUCAAACAGAUGGAUGUCCAUAGCUUGGGGGAGUCACUAAUGGAAUGCAUAUCACUGUCUAAUAUAUAAAAAAAAAAACUGUACAUCUUGGAUGUCAUUCUCUUCCCUAUGUGUGGAAGACAGGUUUAUAUAUUUCAAAUGUAAACAACAUAGCCUAACAUUUUACUUACACCUAUUCAAUGAAUGCCAGUUCUCGAUCUGACAGCUACAGUAUAUUAGGAAAAUAUGACAUAUUAUUAAAGGGAAUUAACUUGCUGUCUGUUUAUCAAUUCAACUAUGGAGGGAACGUCAUUACCGAUAUGUUCACUGAAAGGGUGUUUUCAGACAGACUUCAAAUUUGACUUUACUGUCCAAACACACAUGCAGGGUAACUUUAUAAAUAGCUAUAGCAAGUCCUAUCUAUUGCAGCAUGAUUUUGGGUAAUGUUAAAACUCCAGGGGCGUGUUCAUUAGUGCACACGAUGGAAAACAUUUAACAAUUUAAUGUAAAAAAAUGGAAAUCCAUUACUGAAAUGUUGAUUCAUGUUAACUGUCCCUGUAGAAAUAAACUCAAUCAAGUAAAGUAAAACAAAUUAGUAUUUCUUAUUGAACAAGAGUAGGGAGUCCCUCCAUUUCAGUACAUUUUCUUCAGUGUGGUGCCUAAUGAACACGACUAGAUUCUCCUCGUUUUUCACGUGAUGUUUGUAUACGGGAAGGAGGGCCCCAUAAUUUGUAGGCUCCUGAGUGGCGCAGUGGUCUAAGGGAUUGCAUCUCAGUGCUAGAGGCAUCACUACAGACUGGUUUGAUUCCAGGGUGUAUCACAACUGCCCGUGAUUGGGAGUCCCAUAGGGUGGUGCACAAUUAGGGUUUGGUCGGUGUAUGCCGUCAUUGUAAAUAAGAACUUGUUCUUAACUGACUUACCUAGUUAAAUAAAGAUAAACUAAUCAUUGAAUUUAGCUCCACUUGUAGUAAAGUUAUAUGACCAGUAGAGGUCAGAAACGCCCAUCUUUCUUUCAAAGAGUGUUAGAGAAGAGUAGUGUAUUUCCCCUAUCGAGACUGAGACCAUGUGUAGUAGACUUGGGUCAAAACUCCUCUUAGCCCAGAUUGGGCAAAUAAACCUCUUUGUUGCAGCACUCUUUCUGGGCUUGGAUACAUCACGUCUGCAUAUAAACCCUGUGUGGUUUGCAGCUCUAUAAACCAUGUGUGGUUAGCAGCUCAAUAGCAUAUCUUAGAAUUACAGCUAGUCUUAAUACUCAUGUUGGGCAAUUCAGGUGGAUGAGUGUGUUUCAUAUGAUUGUGUUUUGCUUUUUGUGUUCUGUGUUUUCAUGCAUUGUGUAAUUGAGGUGUAUACAGAUAUGUAUAGUAUAAUUGUUUUUUUAUUGAUGUGUUCAUGCAUCUGCAAAAGAAACCGUGGUCUUAGUGCUUAAAUAAAGGUAAAAAAUAAAACUAAAUAAAAAAUGAAUUAUGCA